CUUGACUUGGCGCAAUGUACACAAAAGCAACGGCUGAGGGUGAAAUGUUUUGUAUAAGCGUUUCGACUUUUAGGAAAUUAAUUUUUACAUCUUUGAAUGAUUAAAAAUAAAUAAUACCUAUGGAGAUAGUUGUUGUUCUAUCUAUAAAAACAUUAGGGCCAGUUUUAUGGUAAUUUCACUCAAGCCUUUCAAGAAACUAGAAAAGAGAAUACUGAUGAGAAUGAAAUUGUUCCGGUCGACUAACAUGUGUGUUACUGGAUCGUGGGGCAAAGCGUCUCCCAAUCGAUGAAGUAUGGUAUUAAAAGUUCUAAAUCCAUUAUUAGUUAAAAGUUCAGCACUUUUAAAAUGGCAACAUCAAUACAAACUUGCUUGCCUAAUAGUUGUAAAAAUCAACACCAAAUGAAAGCAGUAACUAAGAGUCCUAAUGUUAUACGACGUUCAGGAACAAGGCAGAAUUCUGCCAAUAGAAGAAGUGCUGUUGAGCGUUUAGAAGAAAGUAAAGCAAAUUAUGUAAAAUCAGAACGAGUAUUGGAUACUAAACAAGAAUUCAAGAAUAGCUCUCAUCUUUGUGUCAGCAAUGCACCACAAUUAGAUUUAUUAUUUAAGGUUCCUGCUAAACAAUCUCAUGACAAUAUAAGACUUACAAAUUCUUCUGAUGAAUUGAAACUUUCAUAUUUAAGAUUGCAACAUCAAUCUGGUAAUCAGCUUUCCAUAUCUCCUCCUGUAGCUCGAACUAGAGCUAAAUCCUAUUCAGAAUUCCGAGAUGCUCAAAUAACACGAAAACAUUCCUUUGCCAGUCAAGGCAGAAGAAACAGAAUUGAAGUCCUUAUAGACAUUGAAUCUCAGUUAAAACAGCUCAUAACUUCUGGAUCAAGAGAAAAUGUCUCAAUGACCCAUGAAUCCAUAGUUUCAAGUACUGCUCAUGCUGAAGCUCAAUUUACAUCUAAAACUUUAAAGACUGGUGAGGUACCAAAAGUUCGUAGAGGAUAUUCUGAUCCUAUUAGAAAAAGCUGCUGGACACCACCUGACCUAUCUAUAGAAACUAACAAUUGUAUUCACAAAAGUAUGCCUGACCUAUCCCCUUCUCCUUGUACUGCUCAAAUUCCUUGUUCCAGUUUGUCCUCUGGGGAUUCCAAUGAUGUACCACAUAGUGAAACUGCUGGGUGUGUUCAGUAUAUGUCUUCUAACCAUACUGUAGCCCACUAUAGCACCUCAGUUUCACAAGACUCUGAAAAAGAUGAAGACGUUUUUGAUUCUUAUAAGGGGCCUAGAAGAUUUUCAAAUGGCACUGGUAUGUUACAUUUGACUCCUUAUUAUUCAGCCUCAAGUCAGCUUCAGAGGAGGCCUGUAAGCCGUUCCAAGUCGGACGUUUCUCAUAGAUAUUCAAAAAGAGGUUCUGAAUAUUUUCCCCGUAGAAAUAAUUACACAAGUGCAGAAAUUGAAAGAUUCUUUGAUACUAUGGGACUUGACACUAAUGUUUGGCAUCAUAUCACAUCUCCAUCUUCAGUCUCCAGUCCUCCUUGUUUCUUUGAAAGUGUUAGCUCUGUGGAUUCUAAUGAAGAUCGAUCCAGUGUCUGCAGUGAUGAUUCUGUACCAGAACCUCCUCGGGAAGGUUUGAGAAAUCAAGAUUUGAGAGUGCAUGGCCCAUUGGAGACCUCAAUAGUCGAGAAAAAUGCUAGAGUCAUCAAAUGGCUAUAUAAUUGUCGUAAAGCAGCUUAUGACUCAUGAUUGCUGAGCUAAUUUAUUUUUCAGUCUUUCAUUAGGUUCACUGGGUGCUUAUGUUGCAGCAUUCUUCAGAUGAUGCAGACGCCUUAUAUUAAAAUUUUGCUAAGUGGUUUGAUCAUUGUAAAGUAAUGUCAUGGUUCUGCCUGGUGCAGGAGACUGAACAUUUUGCUCAUUCCUUGUGAUAAUUGUGUCAUUGACACGUGUACUUAAUUGUCUUUUGUAAAGACUUCUAGAUACUAUGCAAUGAAAUGAAUGACUGUAGAUCUCAAAGGGGUUCAGGCUAAUAUUUUAAACCAGCACUCUUUGUUGUUUCCUAGUUAGUUUUCUUUGGUUGGAAAACGUAUCAUAUUCUAGAUCGGUAUUUAUUUAAUGUGGGUAUAGUUUGCAUUCAUGUAGCAAUUACAAAUAGAAACUUCAGAAUUAAAAUUAAAUCAUAUAAAAAUCAAUUAUCAAUAUUUGACAUAAAUUUGUAUUAUGCAAAUCCAUCUUUCAUAAAGGAAGUUUACUGCAUCCUAAUCUGGAUUUGUAUGAAAGUGCCACAUAAUUAAGAAACUCUUUUUAACCUGCUUAACAUUAAACUUUUUUUUGUUUAUAUAAUUUACUUUUAUUAGUUUUUUUUUUUUUAUUUUAAAAAAUUUAACCUUCUUUCUGAGGUAACAGAGAAAUUAUUUUUACAGCUGCUCAUAAAUUUAAGAAUUGAUUAUAAGCCUGUCUUCUUUUUAAAUUAGCCAUGCAAAGUAGAUUAUAUAUUAUCAGAUUUGCAUUAUUUUAUCCUCUCAUUCUUUUGCUAAUAUGUUAUUUAAUCUUAAAAACACAAUUGUGCAAUCGCAAACUACUUCUGGUGCUCAUAUUGAAUUUGUAUAAAUUUUGGUGCUCUUUUAUAAUAAUUUUCUUCCAUGUGACAUAUAUAAACCUUAAAAUCUUAUUCUUCAUUAUGCACAAAAUUAUUUCAAUUAAGUAUUUAUAAAUGUUUAUCAAUUAGAUGAAUCUUUUUGUCUUGUAUCCCAUUAUAUAUAUAUUUUUUUUAACUAAGAUCUUCAAUACCUUUACAUAUCUUCUAAUUUUGGACAUAACUUCUUUAAUUUUCUGUUGUUACCAUUUUGAUUUGCUUUUAAUAUAUAUUUGUUGUGCUUUCCUAUUUCCUUCUUUCAAUGUUUUGCUUCAAAAAAUAUUUGUGAUAUUCCAAAGUGAAAACUAUGUUUUAUUGCUAUUUCUCAUUCAGUUAUUUGUUUGAUGUAAUGCUCACAAAUAGGUUAUGCAAUAUUUAUCAAAUUAAAUAUUUUUGUAUAAGUAAGGUACAUAUGUUUUCCAUGAAAUUAGUUUUAGGAAAUUUUCAUUCUCCUUAAAACAAUUAAUUAUACUAAACUAUGUUUUUUAAAAAAAAUUUAAGCCACAGCUUUUUACUUAAUAUAAGAAUAAUAUAGAUACUGUUGUCUCUGUCAUUAUUAUGCAUUAUUUUUAUGUGUACGUUUUUUCUGCAAAUCCAUCUUCUUUCAGCUCUCUAAAAAAGAAUGGAGUGGGGAAUGCUAACAUGUUAUUAAUGUAAUUUGUUAUUUACUACCAAAUAUGGAUAAUUUAUUAUUGAUAUUUAACUGCAAAUUUAAACUAUUAACCGCUACUAAUAAAUUUAACCAUUUAUUGCAAAUUUAAACUUUGAUUACAAUGUAUUUUUUAUUGCAAUUAUGGUACAGAAAAGGGAUAGAUUUAAAAAAGGAAUAACAUUUUGCAUUUUAUAAUGCUUAAAAUUUGUUAUCUAGUUUUUCUUUUGCACAAUAUUUAUUAAAAUCUGAAAAUGAUAUUUUAAACUUGUUUGAUAAAAAGUUCUAUCUAAGAAAUGUAUUACUUUGAAAAAAUAAAAAUUGUGCAUAAUAAAUUUAAAUUUAUUUUUAAAAUUCCUUUUAACAAUACUUAUCUUUUGUUUCUUGCCCUUUAAAUAAAUUUUAGAAGAAGAAAGGUUUUUUGAAUUUUCAGUUAUUAUUGAAAGCUUAAUUUAAAUAUAAUGUUUUAUUAAUCUUCCAUACAAAAGAUAUCUGAUCUAAUUUAAAGUUUUUUUUUUUUCCCUGCCUAAAUUCAUAUCAUUGAAAAAAAUGUCUAAUGUAUUAUGAAAAGAAGUAUUACAUAUUUUUUUGCUUUCUUACUAAUCUAAAAUGUAAUAAUUAAAUUUAUAUAUUAAUUUAUGCCAUGAUCUAUAUUUAAGGUUUGUGACUUAGAUUUACUCCAUGUUAAUUAGUUCUGCAGUGUUGGAAAAUGUUAUCUGUAUUUGUGUAUGAUGGUCUUUGUAUUCUCAUGCUGUGUUAAAUUUUUUUUUAAAAAAUGUUUCUUUAUUUGUGCCUAAUGUCAAUUUAUCAGAUUUAAAUGUGAAAAUUUCCCCAGCGUCUUCCUUUAGUCUGUUUUUAAUAUUAAACAAUUUUUGAAAAAAUGGCCUUAUACUGAUGAACAUAUCGAUAUUUAUUAGAAUAGUAUUUUUAAACUAGGAUAUACAUGUGUCACAGUAACUGUAUUUUUAUGUCAACUUUUACAUUAGAGAAAAUGGAAUUAUGUUGUAUAUCAAAUUUAGACUUGACUGAAAUGUGUUACGUAUGUGAAUUCAAUUCAUAGCUUGCAGUAUUAUUUCAUAUAAUGGUAGGUGUGCUUAAUUUCUUGAAGUUUAUUAUUACUUAUUUAAAAAUUGCAUAAUUAAGUUACUAUUAUUAGUGUAUUAAAAAGGACUUAACUACAUUUGUAGUAUAUAACCAGCCUUAUGACUUUAAAAUUUCUACAUUUUAUACAUUCACCUUAGCUAAUUUAAAAUGAUUUAACAAGUUAAGCAGCUAUUAUUUAGAAAAUUAGUUAACUAAAAUAGCAUAUAGUAAUUAGCUAACAAAAAUGGUUUUAACUUUUGAAUAAAAUGUUCUAAUAUUUUUGUUUGCUUUAAGAAAAAAAGAAUUUUUUUUAGGUAAUUGGAAUUUGAACUCAUUUUGAAUAUAUAUGUAAAGAUUUUAUUUUAUUUUUACUGUAGAUGUUUUAUCUAAUGAUUCCAUUAUUAAUCCUAUUUUAAUAUUCCAUGAAUAAUUUCUAAUUUUGCACUUAAAUGACAGUACACUAUGACUUUACAUUAUUUCCUUGAUCCCUAGUCUAUCAUUUGUUAGUGUUUUUAUUUAUUAGGUUGUGGAAUGCUAAUGCAUUUUUAUGUUAUGUUGUAAAUAUAUAUAUUUUUCCUGACAUAAUUAAGAUUUUUUGACUUUGUUAAUUGCUGAUAACAAUAUUGAAGUGCAUGUACUUUUUGUAAAAUUCGAUUCUUAAACAGUCAAGAGAAGUUGUGAUCUCAUCAAAUUUUUGUUAUACAAUCGUGAUUCUUUGAUAUGGAUCUUAAAUAGUCACAAUUUUUCAAAUUUAUAUUGUAAAAUAUUUGUGAUUUUAACUGUGGUGUUUGUUGAACCACCUAAAAGGACCAGUUGUAAUUUAUAAAAACAGCUUGUCUACCUAGAAUAAAAUGUUUUCAAAAUC